AUCGACGAGCUCUCUGCUGUCUAUAGAAGACGAGUGUGGGAGCUGGGACCAUGGAAAUCACCCACUCGAAGGGAACCUUGUACCCUGCGCUUCAGCUUUCAUCAUUCCGGGUGAGGCGAGACAGCUUGCCUCCGGCUUUCGAGCUUCCGCAGGAAGUGGCCCGCGCCGUCAACGAGCCUCUGCCAGCCCUACGACCGACGUCGGUGGCGAGGGAUGCUCUGAGGGCAAGCGAGACGCUCUUGAGGGAGAUCGAGAGGGAGCAAAGGGCCGCCGAGGAGAAGAUAGCUAGGGAGCAGGCGUUGAUGGAGGAGGAGCUCACCCGCAUCGUUGAGGAGACAGAGGCGAGUCUUCAAAGAAAAUCGAAGGAAAACGCGGAGAAGACUAAGAAGGUCAGAGACAUGAUGUCUCUGAUGGGGGUGUCUGACCGAUAUGCUGCGGAGGUGCGGCUGGAGCAGUGCGGGUGGGACUACGAGAAAGCCGCCACGGCCUUCCUCGAAACCGUCAAUUAAGAGUCGUCGUCGCACGCCUUGUCGUGCCCAACGGGACUCUCGGGCGGUUGGGUACAUGUGUAGCUGUCGACGACGUGAUGAAAAACCGUCAGUUUUGUUGCUGUUUUCUAAAUCUGUGUUUUUGUUUGAAAUAGUGGUGUGUCACUUCCCGUACUAACAGCGUUGGUGUGAGGUCGCAUGUUGUUGAUGGGUGGUUGUGACGGCACCAAAAUUCGUGUUGUUGGCUGUUUGGGGUUUUUGUCUCCGACUCGAGUGACGGGGCGUAUACCAGAGAACAUGGGCAAGUUUGCCAGGGCUGUACAUGAGUUGGAUCCGUCGCCUUUUGUUUGGUUUGUACAUUCGGCGACGCCCUAGGUCACCUCCAACAUACAGUAGCACCAGAAAGACUUCAACCGGCGGCGCAACCUCCUGCUUCCAACGUAGGGUUGGAAGGUGUAGAGCGGGGGUGAAGGAAUAGCAAGUGGGUUUGUUUUUUUCCGGUGGUUGAUGCAUGGUCGUCUUUUCGUUGGAAGUUCUCGCGGGCUCUCACAGAAGCGGAACCAUUUUUUUUGCGAUUCGGCGUGUUCCUGUAAUAGAUGUUUUGGUACAAAGAGUUCAAGCGAUUUAAGCGCCACGAUGAGGGAAGCAUUCAUGCGGAGGUGCGAGAGAACCUCUCCGCGAGUUCCUUGGGCGCAGCGAAGCGUACAUACCAACGCAUAGGGUUCUACAUAACUCCGGUCUCGUGGAAGCUUCAAGAAAUAUGGUUCGUAACGUGAUGGCGACAACGUGCUAUGUAGCAUGAGAAUACUCGCAGUCGAAGGAGAGUCCACAAGGCAAAGCAGGGCAUGGGCCGAGAUGCCUGCAUCUCCUUGGAGAAAAAUCGUGUGGGGUAUUACAGUAGGAAACAUAGUGCGGUAUGAAGCUCUGCUGCUGUGGGUUCGGUUCGAUUUUCUGAUUUAUGGUCGUCCAUGAUGACUGACUAUGGCUGUUGUCAACUGUUUUUCUACGCUGUUUCUGCUGCUCGUUCCCAGUACGGAUAGAGAUGGAUGUGCGUUGCUUCUGUGCCUAAAAACCAAAAUAGAUGCUGUCCUGCAUAUACCGGUCCCACGGAUGAGGUGGAUACAACCAGCAGUCUCAUG